CGAACACUGACACGCAGUGAUUGUCACACGCCUCGGGCCUUUCGAUGCUCGCUUGUGCCAACACUUUGUCCGCGCCAUGAUAUUGCGAUAGAAACGACAACAUCCCACUCGCGCGACCAUGUCGCAAGCUCACGACUUGCACCGCGCGCUCCUCAGACCCGCCAUUAUUCACACCCUCCGAGCCGCAGGUUUCCACAGCACGAAACCCUCAGUCCUCGACACUCUUGUCAACCUCGCCGAGCGUCACCUCCUCCUUCUCGCCUCCACCACAGCACAACAUGCCUGGUCCAGCCAUAAUGACCCGGUCCCGACCAUCACCGACCUGCGCAUGGCGCUGUCCGACUGUGGUGUCCUAAUACCCUACUCCGACCCCUCAGAAGAAGCCUGGAAAGAGCGCAUGCGCAAGCCCUUGUCAGAAGACACGAAGGACGUGCGAGAGUUUACGAGAUGGUACGAUUCUCCUCAGUACCGCGAGAUCAAGCGUGUGGCGGGCAUCAUACCGGACGAUAGAGAUGACUUCUUCACGGCGUUGAAGAAGAAGCUGAGCAAGGCGGCGGAUGACACGAGGCUACAGGGUACGGCGCUGGGAAGGCCAAAUGAGUUCAAGGAGGUGGUGGUUGAAGGUGGUCCCGUGCAGCACGUGAGAGAUUGGAAGCCGAAGUUGGAGGAGAGAUCUGUGAAUGUUCAGGCACAGAACACGGCGGAGAGAUCAAAAGAACCACAGGACGGACUGGAUACAGUGGACGAUAUCGCAAAGGACUCCGCUAUGGAAGAAGUCGAGGCUGCAAGCUGA